AUGCAGAAGGGGAAGGCUGCACAGGAAACAGCUAAAGAGGGAAAAGGGCCGAAGAGACAAACAGAUUCGCAUUGUUUGAAGAUGCGGGUACAAGGGUCUUUGCUGCCUAGCAGCAGCAGCAGCAGCAGCAGUGGGCAUGUACGCCCCCCACUGGCGCGGCUAGCUUCUCUGCUGUGCAGCACUGGGGCCCUUAGCACCGAUACAGCGGCAGCAGCAGUUCUGAGUUCGCAACAGCAGCAGCAGCUGCAGCAUGAGCUGCAGCAGUUGCUGCUGCGGCACCUAGCUGCAGCACAGGAGCAGGGUCGCGCUGUUGCUGCACCUCUUGAUGCUGCUGGUGAAAUGGUGGAGAGGACUGAAGUCCUUUCGGAGUUGCACGAGAGACUUAGGGGCACUGCUGCUGCUGCGCCUCCCUCGCUAUUCUCCCGGCUCUCCACUUUGCUGCUUUCAAAAGAGCAGCAGCCGCUGCAGCGGCCCCACGCCAUCCUCAGAGUGCUGCUGCUGCUCUCUAGGGCUCCAGAGCUGCAGCAGCAAAGUGUGGGUCAAAAGAUGCCAGCAGCAGCAGCAGAAGCAGCGACAACCGGCAGGGGACGCCAGACACCGCGUGCAGCCUCGACACCGCGUGGCGGGUUCGUAAGCAGCAGCAGCAAUGCCGCAGCAGCAGCGACAGCAGCAGCACACCCAGGAGCAGCAGCAGCAGCAGGAGACGGGGAUGCCACCUCUGCAGACUCUGCGCAGCACUUGGCAAUGUCCCUCAGCCACAGCGGACCGCCAGCAGCAAGGAGACUUGAGCCUCCCGUGCUGCAGUCGCAGCCAGCCUGUGCUUACGACCUUUGGGGCGCCGACGAGAUUUCCCUCUUGAGAGACCUUCUUUUCGUCUUGCAAGGGAUGGAGGGCAGGUUUGUGCGCUUCGACCCGCUGCUACAGACGGCUCGCCUAUGCGCCCCUGUAAAGGCGUCGCGCAGCGUUCUGGGCCUUGUGGCCCGCGUGGGGUCUUUGGGGUGUAUGUACACCCGAGUGAAAGCGGCUGUGGAGGAACCAGGGGGCUCCUUCCUGCUGCCCCGGCCCUUAACUGCUGAGGCUUUUCGCCAGAGCGUCGCAGCAGAGCUGCGCCAGUACUUCAAGCUCAUCGCCAUCCUCGAAGAAGACAUCGCGCGCGCCGAAGCCGCAACAGACCCAUCAGCAGGAGCAGCAGCAGCAGCAGCAGCUCAAGGGGGCCUUCCCACUUUGCGGCGCCUUGCAGUCUGGUUGCAGGGCCCUUACCAGCGCAUGCGGUUUUUGACGGAAGCCGCGAAAGGGCUGAAGGGUGCUGCCCUACUCUCCACCAUUUAUGCUCACUGCUCAUUAGGGGAUUCGGAGUUGCGCACUGUCGCCCUCCAGAUUCUCCACCGAUCUCUUCUGCCGAUGGCCGACGCUAUUGAAAGCUGGACCAAAUAUGGACACCUACGGGAUGAAGAAGGCGAGUUUUUCAUCCGCGAGGCGCCUCAAGACCCACAGAUGUCCAGUUGGCGGUCUCGAUUUGUACUGGUGCGCGAGAACAUUCCAUCUUUUAUCCCGCCGCUUCUCCCUGAGCGGCUCUUGUUGGCUGGCAAGAGUGUCCUCUAUAGCGAGCUGCUGGAGAAGCCACCAAAAGCUGCAGCAAACCUACAGCUGCAGCAGCAGCAACAGCAGCGGGAACUACCUGCCACUUUGCAGGAGCUUCUCUCUCUCGAGGAGCAGCAACAGCUGCUCCAGAGCCCACAACAGCAACAGGAGCAUCAGCAACUGCUACCGCAGCGCCACGAUGAUCAUGGGCUGCUGACUCCUCAAGGCCAGCAGCAGCAGCAGCUGCUGCUUCUGCAGCAGCAGGAUAUGCUGAGGCAGCCGCACGAUCCUGAGUUGCCACUGCUGCAGAAAAUUGAUGAGCGAGUUGCAGCUGCUUCCACGAAGGGCAACCAAAGGCAAGCAGCAACAGCAGCAGCAGCGCUGGAGACACAAGCAGCAGCAGAGCUGUCAAAGGCAGCAGCAGGCGAAACAGAUGCCGCAACGCUGGUGGAGCUGCUGCUGUGGGAGCAUGACCUGCUUAGCUACCUCGAAGCCAUCAGACGGUUUUUGCUGCUGGCGGACGGUGACUUCACUUCGUUGCUGCUCGACGCCGCCGCACAGCAGCAGCAGCAGCAGCAGCACGGCGGCACCAUAUCCCUGCAGCCCCUCAUCCUCUCGGCCAUAGACACAGCAGCAAGGCAGUGCAGCAGCGGAGUCAGCCUGUUUGCUGCUGCACCGGCUCUUGCCUUCGCUCUGACAGCUCGUUUCCCUCACACGUCGUACCUGCAGCAGCAGUGCAGCAGCAGCAGCAGCAGCACCUGCAGCGCGCUAUGGAGAGGCUUGGUGCUGCAUCUGCGCAUUGAGGAGCCGCUCCGCUUCUUUAUAGGAGAUGAACUCCUGCAGCAGUGUCACAAGCUCUUUGCUUUACUCUGGAAAAGCAGCUGCGGCAGCAGCAGCGCGCAGCAGCAGCAGCAGCAGCAGCCGCAGAGCGCGGAGUCGCUUCCGCCUCAUCAGCAGCAGCAGGGCAAAGUCUCGUCUCCCGCGCCACUGCAGCAGCACGGGAAGAGCUGCUGA